GCUGGGGUUGGCUGAAGAGCGCACAGUGGAGUUUUAAUGUCCGCCAUGUUGGCCAUGGCGUAUUGAAGAGAGCGAGCGAGCGAGGCGCGGAGCGGCACAGCCUCCCACCCUCCCGGCUGGUGUCAGGGCCCGGACGGCGGGCUUGCGCUCCGCCCCCAAGUCCCCGGCAGCGGCAGGCGAGUGGAGACCGAAACCCCGGUUCUCCAUGAUCCCGCUGGCCGGGGCCGUUUCCCCAGAGCGGAGAGGUAUCUGCUGCGCCUGAGAUGAGUAAACUGUCGUUUCGGGCGCGGGCGCUGGACGCCUCGAAGCCGCUGCCGGUCUUCCGCUGUGAGGAUCUGCCCGACCUGCACGAAUACGCCUCGAUAAACCGGGCCGUGCCGCAGAUGCCCACCGGAAUGGAGAAGGAAGAGGAGUCGGAACACCAUCUUCAACGGGCUAUCUCUGCACAGCAGGUGUACGGCGAGAAGCGGGAUAAUAUGGUUAUUCCAGUUCCUGAGGCAGAAAGUAACAUCGCUUACUAUGAGUCCAUCUACCCUGGGGAGUUCAAGAUGCCAAAGCAGCUCAUUCACAUACAGCCUUUUAGUUUGGACGCUGAGCAGCCUGACUACGACCUGGACUCUGAGGAUGAAGUGUUCGUAAAUAAACUCAAGAAGAAAAUGGACAUCUGCCCAUUGCAGUUUGAGGAGAUGAUUGACCGCCUAGAAAAGGGCAGUGGUCAGCAGCCAGUCAGUCUGCAGGAAGCCAAACUACUGCUAAAAGAAGAUGAUGAGUUAAUUAGAGAAGUUUAUGAAUACUGGAUUAAAAAGAGGAAGAACUGUCGAGGGCCAUCACUUAUCCCAUCGGUAAAACAGGAAAAGCGAGAUGGUUCUAGCACAAAUGAUCCCUAUGUGGCUUUUAGAAGACGAACUGAAAAAAUGCAAACUCGAAAAAACCGCAAAAAUGAUGAAGCCUCGUAUGAAAAAAUGCUUAAGCUGCGUCGGGAUCUCAGCCGGGCUGUGACCAUCCUGGAGAUGAUAAAGAGAAGAGAGAAGAGCAAACGGGAGCUGCUGCACCUGACACUGGAGAUCAUGGAAAAGAGGUAUAAUUUAGGUGACUACAGUGGAGAGAUCAUGUCCGAGGUCAUGGCACAGAGACAGCCGGUGAAGCCUACGUAUGCCAUCCCUAUCAUCCCUGUUGCUAACAGCAGUCAGUUCAAACACCAGGAAGUCACGGACGGGAAGGAGUUCAAAGUUCAUAAGCAAGAUAAGGCCGAUCUUACUCGGCCGAAGCGCAAAUAUGAAAAGAAGCCCAAAGUCUUACCACCGUCUGCCAGCGCUCCUCAGCAGCCAAGCCCCACUGCACUGCCAGUCUUCAGUGCUAAAGACUUAAACCAGUAUGACUUCCCCAGCUCAGACGAAGAGCCUCUGUCCCAGGUUUUGUCUGGCUCUUCGGAAGCCGAGGAAGACAAUGACCCUGACGGCCCUUUUGCUUUCCGCAGGAGAGCAGGCUGUCGGUACUAUGCUCCUCAUUUAGACCAAACUGGCAAUUGGCCCUGGACUAGCCCUAAAGAUGGAGGACUGGGGGAUGUUCGCUAUAGAUACUGCUUAACAACUCUCACCGUCCCCCAGAGGUGUCUUGGAUUUGCACGAAGACGGGUUGGGCGCGGUGGAAGGGUCCUGCUGGACAGAGCGCAUUCAGACUAUGACAGUAUGUUUCACCACCUGGAUUUGGACAUGCUUUCCUCACCACAACCUUCUCCAGUCAAUCAGUUUGCCAAUACCUCAAAAACCAAUACCUCGGACAGAUCUUCCUCUAAAGACCUCAGUCAGAUACUAGUCGAUAUCAAAUCAUGUAGAUGGCGGCACUUUAGGCCUCGGACACCAUCCCUACAUGACAGUGACACUGAUGAACUCUCCAGCAGGAAAUCACACAGGAGUAUAACUCGAGCAGGAGCAGCACAGCCUGGGACCCACACUGGCACCUCCACGCAGAGUAAAAGCAGCAGUGGCUCCACACACUGUGCAUUCACAGCCGAACAAUACCAGCAGCACCAGCAGCAACUGGCACUGAUGCAGCAGCAGCAGCUUGCACAAACUCAGCAGCAGCAAGCAAACAGCAACUCCGCCACCGCCGCACCACAGGGUUUUGUUUCUAAGACUUUGGAUUCUGCUAGUGCACAAUUUGCUGCUUCUGCUUUGAUGACGUCAGAACAGCUGAUGGGAUUCAAGAUGAAGGAUGAUGUGGUGCUUGGGAUCGGGGUGAAUGGCGUCCUUCCAGCCUCAGGAGUAUACAAGGGCUUACACCUCAGCAGCACUACACCAACAGCGCUUGUACAUCCAAGUCCGUCGACAGCAGGUUCAACUUUGUUACAGCCUUCAAAUAUCACACAGACUUCAGGUUCCCACAGUGCACUGAGUCAUCAAGUAACUGCUGCCAAUUCUGCAACAACUCAGGUUCUGUUUGGGAACAACAUUCGAUUAACUGUACCUUCAUCAGUCCCCACUGUAAACUCUAUCGCCCCAAUAAACGCACGACAUAUACCUAGGACUUUAAGUGCUGUUCCAUCAUCUGCCUUAAAGCUGGCUGCCGCGGCUAACUGUCAAGUGUCCAAGGUCCCUUCCUCAUCCUCUGUAGAUUCAGUUCCAAGGGAAAAUCACGAGUCGGAAAAGCCAGCACUGAACAACAUAGCAGACAACACAGUCGCCAUGGAGGUGACGUAGCUUCCUGGGAACAGGACUGCAGCCUGGGGACAUGAUCAGGUGCUAUGCAUCAGAGGCGUUGGAACGCAGGGGAGGAUGGAAUGCACACGCGUUUCCAUGGCAGCUGUGGGGACUCGGCAGCACUGCGCAUCUCUCAUGCUUCAACUUUUCUUUUCUUACUGUUAAUAGGAAAAAAUCAACAUCUGUAAAUUAAGAAUGCAGCAAUUAUCUGUAUAGUACUGCAUAUUUGUAAUACCCUUGUAUAUAUGUUACUUGAAUACAGAAAUGUUCAUUUGUGAUGCUUUGCACUUGGGGGCGGGGGGUGGGGAACAAAUUGCAACAAGAGUGUGAGCUGUGAGCUGUGUAGCUGGUGUCAUCACAUCAUGUGCAUGGUGCGGAACCUGCUGUCUAUUUAUUGUGCCGUGUUUACAGGUUUUGUACACUGUACCCUCAUUGGUUCCUGUGCUGUAGUAAAUGUGUUAGGUAGCUGUGGACUCCUUGGUAUUUUGUAAUGGUAUAACAUAACUUGGUUCCCUCUGGGUCCUUGAGUUUUUUGUGUAUCAUGUGAAAAAAAAAAUGGUGACAUACAUACAUAAUUUUACAAAAAAAAAAAAAGCAUCAGUUUUUUAAACGGGGAAUGUACUGUUCAAUGGGGAUCUUCCGGUCUACACCAUUAGGAUGCGCAACAAGCUAAAAAUGAAGUCUCUUGAACCCUCCCGUCCCCACCGCCUGCACACGUGGGUGGCCCCUGGUACUUAAGCACUAAUGUUAUGUUGCUGCUCUGCAAACAGCCCAGUCGUCCCAUUUCCUUCCACACCAAAAAGUGUUAAAUCAAGUACGCAAACGGAGUCCUUACAACUGGAGUUUAUGUUGUCUUGCCCUUUUUUUAGCACAAAACUAUGUACUUUUUUUAUCGUGGAAUCGUUUAAGACUUCAUUCUUUACUUGUUCUUACAGAAAGGGUAUGGGGGAAGAAUGCAGUAAUUGCUGUCCGCGUAUCGUCAUUCCAGUUUGUAAAACAGCCAGCCAGCUUUUUUCCUUUUAAGAUUCUCCAGAAGGCUGCGAGGCCAGAGCCACAAAUAUCGGGUGCCUUCCUUUGGAAAUAUUUGACCUCUCUUCUGUGAAGAGAACGGUACUCUCCAGACUACUACCAGUGCUUUGUCAGUGCCGAAGUCUGAAUGCCCAGUCCAAUGGCAUACGUUAUCCUUAAGGUUUUUAAUCCCACCUGGAAAAUUGUGAUAGAAUUCUCACAAAAUAAACCCAGGGCAUUACAUGUUGACAAACUAACGUGCAGUGGUCUUUGGCUUUUAUUUCCAACCCCAGAACUCUGUGUGACUUUCUGUUAUUUCAGUAAAGGGGCUUGCUUAGAAAAGGGGGGAGGAGGACUUAAAGUUGAUGUUUUCAGUGGUUAUUUUGACAUGACUGUUUGCCUACAUCAGUGAAAGAAAUCCCCGCCCUCGAUUUAUAAUCUCAUGGAGGUGAGAGAAACUGAGAUCUAAAA